UGUUAGCGCAAUCUAACUGUCGAAAUUCCCACCACUAAACUCACUCAAAUCCUCUCUCUCUCUCCCUUCGCCACCUCCCACCAAGCAAAACGGAGGACCACCGCUUCGCUACUCCCAAUGGCUAUCUCCGCCGCCACGGCCACCGCACAUCUCUCCGCACCGUCGACUCACUCUCUCCCUCUCCCUCUCCGUCACCACUCAUUCCUUGGCUUCCCAAGCCCAACUCACACUCACCCUUUCACUAGUCUCUCUCUCAAACUCCGACCUUUCCGAUCAUCUACCCGUUCUUCUUUUCACAUUUUCUCUUUUGACCAUCAUGGCGGCGGCAGUGGUGGUGGGAGUAACUUUGGGGGCGGCAGCGGUGGAGGGGGAGGAGGAGGAGGAAAAGGAGGAGGGGAAGGUCAUCAUGGCGACGGAAAUGCAGGGGAGAAGAACAAAGCAGGGGCGAUUUUGGUGUUAUCUGAAACUGGAAGAUCUCUGGAUAGUUUGCCUAAAGACAUGGCAGCGGCGAUUGAGGCGGGAAAGAUUCCGGGAUUGAUAGUUCACCGGUAUUUCGAGCUGGAAAAAUCAUUGAUUCUCCGGUGGCUUCUCCGCUUUGGAGGGUUCAGGGAGCGGUUGCUAGGAGAUGACCUUUUCUUGGCUAAACUUGGCAUGGAGUGUGGUGUUGGUAUCUUCACUAAGAUGGCUGCAGAGUUGCAGAAGCGAGGAGAGAAUUUCUCAAAGGAGCUGGAUUUUGUUUGCGCUGAUGUGAUAAUGGCCUUGGUUGCAGAUUUCAUGCUGGUGUGGCUACCAGCCCCCACUGUUUCUCUCCGACCACCUCUUGCUAUCACUGCAGCGCGAGGACCUCUCACCACUUUCUUUUACAACUGCCCCGACAAUGCGUUUCAGAUUGCCUUGCCUGGAACUUCCUAUACCUUUUUACAACGGCUUGGUGCCUUCCUGAGAAAUGGGGCAAAACUAUUUGCAAUCGGCACUGGUGCAUCCGUGACUGGUACAGUUAUAACAAAUUCAUUGAUCAGAUUGCGAAAGGCCAUUGAUACAUCAUUUGCCCGUGAAGUUGAGGACAUUCCAAUUUUAGCCACGGGAGCUGCAUAUGGUGUUUAUAUGUCUCUUUCCAGCAACCUUAGGUACCAAACGCUUGCUGGGAUAAUCGAACAGCGGUUGUUGGAGCCGUUGCUACACAACCACAAGAUCGUGCUUAGUGCACUGUGCUUCGCUUUCCGAACAGGAAACACCUUUCUCGGAUCACUCAUGUGGGUAGAUUUUGCACGCUGGAUAGGAGUGCAGAGAUCAAGAGCAUAACAGAGCGCAGAUGGAUCAUAUAUUCAUAUCCCUCCUGCCCUGCAAUUUGAAUUCUUAGCUUGAGUGAGGCUACCAUUCUUGUUAAGUGUAUUAUUAUUGUUGCCGUUCACUAUUCUUCAAAAUGGAAGAUGAGUACCAACUAUAAUCAAAAUUUUCUCCACAUUUUUGGGUUAUAAUUCCUAGGAUCAAUUAUUA